AAAGGCACAAACACCAGAAGCGAAUCCGAGCCCGGAGCUGCUUGCGGGCAGCCUGUCGGAACUACAAUUCCCAGCGCUCCCGGGGAGGGAAGAGUGACUGGAACGCAGCAGAGUCGCUCCGCUGCUCGGGAUCGGGGAUCGGAGGUCACCCGGGAUCCAGAGCGGAUCGGUGCGGCUGAGACAGCGCUCCUUCGGUGCAGCAGAGACACCAUCUACAGGUGUUGGUCAUGGCGGUAGUUUAUCAAGCACUACACAGGAGAGUUUCCUCUCUCGUCUGCAGGUUACACUCCACCUACGUGAGAAAAAUGAGAUACUUAAAUGAGUUAAAGGAGGAUGACAGCCUUUGUAGACAAGCCCUGACCUCAGGAACUUUCUACCUCUUUCACAAUCUCUCCCCUUUCCUGCAGAAGGUUGGGAAGAAAUAUCUGGUGCCACAGCUCAGCGCAGCAGAGAUGAAACAGAUUCUGGAGAAAUUCCAAGAGGCCGAACAGUGGAUAGAGAAGUCGGUGCUGAUCGGUUGUUCAGACGAGCACAGACCACAGUUUGCCCUGGAUUUAGGMGCCUUGGAGAAAUCAGCCAUCGAGUCAGAACUGCAGGGAUCGUUUACUGACCUGCGAAAGGCYCUCUUUGUGGUGGAUGGGAAGGAUUCUCCUUUGCUGGCUUCGGCCCAGUCCCUUCUCCGGUGGCACGAUUCCCAYCAGUACUGCAGCAAAACUGGGCAGCCCACUCAGAAGAACCCAGCUGGCAGCAAGCGUGUGUGCCAYGCCAGUGGAAUCACUUACUACCCCCAGAUGUCCCCAGUGGUCAUCGCCCUGGUGUCCGAUGGGAGCCGGUGCCUCCUCGCCCGACAGCCCUCGUUUCCCCCAGGGAUGUACACRGCUCUCUCAGGAUUCUGUGACAUGGGUGAAAAUGUGGAGGAGACAGUGCGGCGGGAGGUGGCCGAGGAGGUGGGGCUGGAGGUGGAGUCGCUCCGCUACUCGGGCUCSCAGCACUGGCCGUUCCCCAGCAGCUCGCUGAUGAUCGCCUGCCACGCCCUGGUGGCAGCGCAGCGCAAUGAGAUCAGCAUUGACAGCCUGGAACUGGAGGAAGCCCGUUGGUUUGGCCUGGAGGAAAUCGUGGAGGGUCUCAAGAGAGAGCCCAGAUCUUCAAAACAAGAUGAUGGCAGUUUUUUACCCUGGUUCCCUCCCGAACAGGCCAUUGCUCACCACCUGAUCCGUGAGUGGGUUCAGCAGCAGAGUGCUCAGACAGCUUAGGCAGGGCUCCAUCGAGUCUGAUUGUGCCAGAGCUGUGAAAGCUCAACAGAAAAGCUUCUGAAGUCACUGGGGGCAAGGGCUGUGUUACAGUGAGGACAGCACCACACUGAUGGCACUCAGGAACCUACAAAGCCAUUUCUGAACUGAUCAUCCUCAGACAGUCCCAUAUCCAGUGGAUCACCUCCAAGAUCCCAUGGCUUGUGGUAAAUGUACAAUAAAAUUCUGAGUUGCACAGCAUCAGACUUCCUGUGACCAGCUGAGCCCAUGGCACCAACGUCCCAUUUUCCUCCAGAUUUUCCAUCUUGGAUGGAUAUCAAAUGCACUUUUUUUUUUCUAGAACAAAAAUAAAGGUAYAGUGGCACUUUCCAGUGUUUGUGUUUAUAUGGAUCUGGGAGAGCUAUCAAAGACUAGAAGAAAAACCACUGCCUAUUUGCUCUCUUCUUCUUCGUCUCUUCCCAAUCUUCCAUUUUCAUAUAAAACACCCUUUUUUUUCUCCCAAGUGUUAAAUGGGCUUCUACAUUUUCCCACCAUUAAGACAGUURCUUCUGUCCCAAGGAAGAGAGAACAGAGCUAUCUGCUGGUAGAGAGGGGAAGAGCAAAACCUACACGAGCAUUUUAAAAGAGUGCAGAUAAUACAAAGGUGACAGGAACUGCUACAAAAAAAAACUGCACUUCCAACAAAGAAAAACCUUGAAAGGAACAGUGGCUCUUACCCUG